AAUGAUACACAAAAAUAAAAUCAUAUCAUUAUUUAUUUUAUUUAUUAAAGCAAUGCAUACUAAAGUUUUAGUAUAUACAAGACCAAUUUUGUGUUUUUAUACUUUUAUAUGAGUCGCUGUGAACCUAACAGCUAAUACCUAACAUUCAAAAAAGAAAAACCAAUUCCUAAACCUGCGACCCCGUAUAGACAGACACAACGCCUUUGCUGUACCGUCCCAUUUCACAUUCAACUUAAAAAUUAAGCACCAAAAAACAGGAGUAUUGUGGAAUCAUAUCUCCUCUUUCUUUUCUUUCACUCAUCUAAGAUCUGAGCAUCAACCAAUCAUUUCUCUACAUAAUCACACAACAACAAAACCAUAUCAUUAUUUAUUUCAUUACUUAAAAACACAUAAAAUGAUUACAAACUAUUUUAUCCUUUAAUUCCUUUGCAUAAAUGAUUAUAAAGCCAACUGCUACAAGAAUAUUGCAGCUAAACCCACCACUACAUAGACUCAUAAACCAAACAAAAAAACCCAAAACAAAAACAAAUCCCCCUUUGACUCCUCAUUUCUCAAUCACUCACUAAACCAAUCAAGCAAAGAUGCAGAAAGAAGAAAGAAUAGUGCUAUACCCAGCACCGGGUAUAGGGCACAUAAUCUCCAUGGUUGAACUCGCCAAACACCUUAAUAACCGUUACUCCAUCACCAUCCUUCUCUUCACCGGCUUCCGCGACCACCCUUCCAUCGACUCCUACAUCCACCGCAUCUCCACCACCUACUCCUCCAUCACCUUCCACCGUCUCCCGCAGAUCCCAUUCUCCACCUCCCCAACCACCACCGUAAGCUCCGCCGCCAUAGCCUUCGACUUCGUGAAACGAAACGCCCCCAAUGUCACCACAACCCUAACCCUAAUUUCUCAAUCCUCAACCAUCAAAUCCUUCAUCAUCGACCUAUUUUGCACUUCCGCAUUAGAACCCGCUUCUUCCAUGGGAAUCCCCGUCUACUACUUCUUCACUUCCGGUGCUGCCGUUCUCGCUCUCUUCUCCUACUUCCCCAUAAUUCACGAACGAUACGCAACGUCGUUUAAGGAUAUGUUUGGCGUGGAGUUGCGCGUGCCGGGAAACGCGCCGUUGAAGGCGGUGAACAUGCCCGAGCCCAUGCUGGUGAGAGAUGACCCUUCUUAUUGGGACAUGCUGUGGUUCUGCAAGCACCUUCCGAAAGCGCGUGGGAUUAUAGUGAACACUUUUGGGGAGCUUGAGCCUUUGGCGGUUAAGGCAAUAACAGAGGGCGCGUGCUUCCCUCACCCAACACGCGCUCCGCCCGUUUACUAUAUUGGACCUCUCAUCGCUGAACCGCAGCAAUCAGGUGCAGCAAAAGAGAAUGAAAAAUGCUUGUCAUGGGUGGAUGCACAACCAAGUAGAAGCGUGGUGUAUCUGUGUUUUGGAAGCCGUGGAUCGUUCUCAAUGUCACAGGUGAAUGAGAUAGCGAGAGGGUUAGAGAGGAGUGGACACAGGUUCUUGUGGGUUCUAAAAACGCCAACGCAAGACAAGGGAAGAAACCAAGUUGACCACACAACAGAGGAAUUCGACGUUAGUUCGGUGUUGCCACGUGGCUUCAUGGAGAGAACAAAGGGUAGGGGACUAGUGGUGAAGUCGUGGGCCCCACAGGUGGAAGUGCUGAGUCGUGACUCGGUGGGCGGGUUCGUGACUCACUGCGGGUGGAACUCGGUCUUGGAAGGGGUGGUUGCGGGGGUGCCAAUGGUUGCGUGGCCUUUGUAUGCGGAGCAGCACGUGAAUAGGCACGUGAUGGUGGAGGAGAUGAGGGUGGCCAUUGCUGUGGAGCAGAGAGAAGGGGAUGGGCUUGUGAGUGCUGUGGAAGUGGAGACUAAGGUGAGGGUGUUGAUGGAGAGGGAAGAGCUUAGGGUUAGAAGUUUGAAGGUGAAAGAAAUGGCUUUGGAAGCUGUUGGAGAAUUUGGGUCAUCCACUCGGGCACUUGCCAACUUGGUUCAUUCAAUGAAUUGCAUCAAAGAUUGA